CUUCUCAGUCAAUGAGUCGUAGAACGAGGAAGUAAAAAACGAGCUAGAGGAAAGCAGAAAGGAAAGACUGGCGUUAAGCUCUACUUUCAUUUGAACAUUUAUUAUCUUACUGUUGCUUUACCCUCAAAGGAAGAUGGCAGAAGCAGACAUUGCACUAAUUGGUUUGGCUGUUAUGGGCCAGAACCUCAUCAUGAACAUGAACGACCAUGGCUUUGUGGUCUGUGCCUACAACCGAACUGUGUCCAAGGUGCAUGACUUCCUGCAAAAUGAGGCUAAAGGAUCCAAGGUGAUCGGAGCCGAGUCCCUGGAAGACAUGGUGUCCAAGCUAAAGAAGCCCAGGAGGAUCAUACUGCUGGUCAAGGCUGGACAGGCUGUGGAUGAUUUCAUUGACAAACUGGUUCCUCUUCUAGAUGCCGGGGAUAUCAUUAUUGAUGGUGGCAACUCUGAAUACAGAGACACCACACGGCGGUGUAAGAGUCUGAAAGAGAAAGGCUUGCUGUUUGUUGGCAGCGGAGUGAGCGGGGGAGAGGAGGGUGCACGUUACGGACCCUCACUCAUGCCAGGAGGACAUAAAGAGGCCUGGGUGCAUAUAAAAGACAUUUUCCAGAGCAUUUCUGCCAAAGUGGGAACAGGAGAGCCUUGUUGUGAUUGGGUUGGAGAUGAGGGUGCUGGUCAUUUUGUAAAAAUGGUCCACAAUGGCAUUGAAUAUGGAGACAUGCAGCUGAUCUGUGAGGCCUAUCACCUAAUGAAAGAUGUUCUGGGCAUGGAUCAUGAUGAGAUGGCGCAGGCUUUCAACAGCUGGAACAAGACAGAGCUGGACUCCUUUCUGAUUGAGAUCACAGCCAACAUCCUGAAAUACAGAGACACUGAUGGCACACACCUGCUGCCCAAGAUCCGCGACAGUGCUGGACAGAAGGGCACAGGAAAGUGGACGGCUAUAUCAGCCCUGGAGUAUGGCACACCUGUUACUUUGAUUGGGGAGGCUGUCUUUGCCAGAUGCCUGUCCUCUCUAAAGGAUGAGAGAGUGGAGGCCAGCCGAAGCCUCUCAGGGCCACAGGGGGUCAAAUUCAGUGGCGAUAAGGCUGCCUUCCUGGAAGACAUUAGAAAGGCCCUUUAUGCCUCCAAGAUCAUUUCCUACGCGCAGGGCUUCAUGCUGCUGCGGCAGGCAGCCGUAGAGUUCGGGUGGUCGCUCAACUACGGCGCAAUCGCUCUGAUGUGGAGAGGAGGCUGUAUCAUCCGAAGUGUUUUUCUGGGCAAAAUCAAAGAGGCAUUUGACAGGGAUGCUGCCCUGCAGAACUUGUUGUUGGACAAUUUCUUCAGUAAUGCUGUGCAAGACUGUCAGGAGUCAUGGCGUAGAACAGUCAGCGUCGGUGUCCAGCAUGGCAUCCCCAUGCCCUGUUUCACCACAGCACUGUCCUUCUAUGAUGGUUACAGACACGAGAAGCUGCCCGCCAACCUGCUCCAGGCUCAGAGGGACUACUUUGGAGCUCACACAUAUGAGCUGCUGUCGAACCCCGGUCGCUUCAUCCACACUAACUGGACAGGCCACGGUGGAAACGUCUCUUCCUCAUCAUACAAUGCUUAAGGAUGAUGCUCAUACCAGUGAAAAACACAAACAAGAUAAAAAGGUCGAGGAUAAGGGAACAUCACCUGUCAGAGAGGAUGUUAGACAUUCCACCUUUAUAACUACACCAUCAGCCCUAGAUUAUUUAUCAAGAAGUGAAAUCAUAGAUUAUGUGUGUUGAAGCCCCCCUCCUCCUCCUCGAUGUGUGCUUUGAUGGAAUGGCCAUCACAAGAGGGAAAGCAACAAGGUGCUGACUCCAUCUGGAUAUCAGACUAAUGUUCAGCUGUCAUGUUGGGCGCAGGGUUCAUGGUGUUAAUACUGGAUUAAGGUGAACCACUGUACUGUAACAGGCUAAAUAAAGAUUUCAAUCCCUUUA